AUCCGUUUACCCAACAAUACAGUACCAUUAUUCUAUAACAUUUCUCUGAUAAUGAAUCUUGAAGAAAACGACAUUACUUUUUACGGUGAAUCCAAUAUUAAAAUUGAGAUUCGUUAUGCAUCGUUAAAUAGUAUAAACUUGCAUGCAAAAGCAUUAGAAUUAAAUACAAUGGCGACAACGUUGAUUAAUGACAACGGUACAGUUUAUAAACCAAUAAAACAUUCCAGUGACAUUGAAAUGGAUAUCUUGACACUUAAUUUCAAAAAUACAUUGUCACCCGGCUUUUACACUCUUGAAAUGAAAUUUGAAGGUUUUAUACGAGAGAAUAGUUUUUUCAAUAGUGGUUUUAUGAAAUUUCCAUAUACAUAUAAAGGACAAAAUAAUAUAAUGGUUGCAACGUAUUCGGAGCCGAAAGGAGCUAGACGAAUGUUUCCGUGUUGGGACGAACCAGCGUUUAAAGCCAUCUUUAAUAUUUCUAUAAUACAUCAUGUGAAAUAUUUGGCAUUGUCAAAUAUGCCUGUAGUAGAAAGGGAAUUUUUUGAAAAUAAUGUAACGUGUACGUACUUCAACGUUUCUCCAAUAAUGUCCACUUACCUUGUAGAGAUUAUCGUAAUCCCCAUGAUUGAUUUUCACCAUCUUUCCAACGACAAAGAAACCAUUAAUGUGUGGUGCAGAUCGUUAUUGAAAUCUCAAAUAACAUUUGUGUAUAAUGUUAUUGAAAAGGUUAUGCCAUUCUUGAUCCAAUAUACCAAUAGUUCUGAAAAGGUACCGAAAAUGGAUCACUUCCUCAUACCAAAUUUUCCGGUUGACGGCAUGGAACAUUGGGGACUCCUCACUUAUAAGGAAUCAUCAGUUAUCUACGACGCUAACGAACAUCCAGUAAAUAAGAAAGCAGAAAUAGCAAAGAUAGUAACACAUGAAAUUGCUCAUCAAUGGUUUGGUAAUUUGGUCACACCGUCUUGGUGGUCUUACCACUGGUUAAAAGAGGGACUUGCUUCGUUCUUCCAUACGUACAUCAUAGACAAGAUUUUCGAUAAUUGGCGGACAAUGGAAUCUUUUGUGAUUGAGGAAUUCCGCAAAAGUUUGUCGGUUGAUAAAGGCGCAUUGGGUCCAGUCACAUUGGAACUUGAUAGUACCUUUGACAGACAGAAUCUGCUUAGUUUUGUAGUUUAUCAUAAAGCGACAGUUUUAUUGCGCAUGUUGCAAAAUACAAUUACCGACGAGGUAUUUCGAAAGGGUUUUGUCAUAUAUUUGGCCAAACAUGAAUACGGAUCAACCACUCCGGAUGAUUUGUGGAACGCCAUGCAAACUGCUUUAGACGAAUCUGAUGUCCCACACGAACAUUAUAGAAUAAAGGAAGUAAUGGACACAUGGAUGAAUCAAAAAAGUUAUCCCGAGGUGAACGUGUUGAAAAAUUACACAACUGGUGAAGUAACAAUAUCUCAAGAAUGUAUUUACGGAGAGGAAACUAAUAACAAAUGGUGGGUACCCAUAACUUUUGUAACACAGUCCAAUCCGGACUUCUCCAAUACUGUGCCUAGAUAUUGGUUACGACCAGAUCGAAAUAUAACCUUUACAAUUGAUCCAAAUGAUUGGAUUAUUGUUAAUAUACAACAAACUGAGCAACAUUCGAAUAAUUGUUAAAUGUUCCAUUUAUACAUAUAUCGUUACAUUCGAAACAUGUUUCAUAUAUAUCCUGCAAAAAUUGUAAUAAUCUCACAAAUUUCAGAUCCGGAGAUCCUCGAAUUUAUUUUUACUGAAUUGAUUUUCAUAAUAUAUAUAGAAUAAAAGAAUUUAAUGAUAAUGGCACUCCUUACCGAUCUUCUUCGAAAUAUAGAAUACUCAGAAGAUAUUGGUGAUGAUCUUAUUACAAACAAGGUAAGACUAGAAGCCAUAAAAUGGUCAUGUACCAUCGGUGACUGGCUUUGUAAGAAUAAGAUGGCUAUUAAAUUAAACCAACAUCUCGCGGAUCCUGAACUUUACAGAUUUCCACCAGAGCAUCAUUUUAUGUAUUGUAUUGGUUUGAUGGUAGCCAAUAGAAGUACUUGGGAUAAAAUGUUUGAAUUAUAUCAAGAAACAGAUCCAAAAAAGGAAAAAUUUAAAAAAAUGUUGUUGAAUAGUUUGACUUGCACCGACAAUUUUGAUAUUAUCACCAACUUUUUAAAUAUUACAGCAUUCAACACUUCAUUAUUUCAUGAAAAGGAACAUUCUCUUGUCUUAAAAUCUAUUCUUGAUAAGCAUUUAAACAACGAUUUCAUCCUUGAAUAUGUAUUGGACAAUUUUCAAACUAUAAAACCCAAAUCACUUACUACAACUGCAAUAAUGAAACUUAUUCUUCGGAAUAUUUUUUAUAAUGAACAAAUCGAUAAGUUAAAAGUAUUUAAAACAUUGCAGAUACGCAUCGACAUGGGAUUUCUGAAAUUAUUAUUAAAUUUUAGUCUAUAUAUAACAUUGAUAAACAGCGUAUUUUGUGUCAAUAAUGAUUUAAAAAUUAUCGACCGUUUACCCAACAAUACAUUACCACUUCUCUAUGACAUUUCUCUGACACUGAAUCUUGAAGAAGGCAACGUUACUUUUCACGGUAAAUCCAGUGUCAAAAUUGAGAUCCGUUAUGCACCGUUAAAUAACAUAAGUUUGCAUUGCAAAGAAUUAAAAGUAAAUGAAAUGGCAACAACGUUAAUUAAUGACAACGGCACAGUUUAUAAACCGAUAGAACAUUCCUAUAACAAUGUAAUGGACAUUUUAACACUUAAUUUCGAAAAUGCAUUAUCACCCGGUUUGUACACACUUAAUAUGGUAUUUGCCGGUAUUAUAUCUGAGCAUAGUAUUUACAAAACUGGUUUUAUGAUAUUUCCGUACACAGAAAAAGAAAAAAAAUAUAUAGUAGUCGCAACGAAUUUGGAACCGAAAGGAGCUAGACGAAUAUUUCCGUGUUGGGACGAGCCAGCGUUAAAAGCCAUCUUCAACAUUUCUGUAAUGCAUAGUGCGAAAUAUCUGACAUUGUCAAAUAUGCCUAUAGUACGACAGAAAUUCGUUGAAAAUUUUAUGAUGUGGACGUACUUCAACGCUUCUCCAAUAAUGUCCACUUAUCUCGUGGCGAUUAUCGUAUUCCCCUUGUUUGAUUUUAACAGCUUUUCCAAUGAAAAAAAAACCGUCAAUAUAUGGUGUAGAUCGUUUAUAUCAUCGCAAUUAACAUUUGCGUAUGUUAUUGAAAAGGCCACGUCAUUCUUGAUCCAAUAUACCAAUAGUUCCGAAAAGAUACCGAAAAUAGAUCACUUUAUCAUACCGAAUUUUCCGGUUAUAGCCAUGGAAAAUUGGGGACUCAUUACAUACAAUGAAUCAUCAGUUACCUAUGAUGAUGACAAAGAUCUAUCGUAUAAGAAAGCAGAAGUGGCAGCGACAGUAAUACAUGAAAUUGCACUUCAAUGGUUUGGAAAUUUGGUCACUCCAUCUUGGUGGUCAUACCAAUGGUUAAAAGAGGGAUUUGCUACGUUCCUCCAGUCGUACAUCAUCGACAAGAUUUUCAAAGAUUGGCGGACAAUGGAUUUUUUUGUGAUUGAAAACUUACAGAAUUGCUUGAGGAGAGAUAAUGGCACGUUGGGUCCUGUUAAACUGGAACUUAAUAGUACCUUUGACAAACGGGAUCUAUUUUCUAUUGUAGUUUAUCGUAAAGGAUAUUAUCGUGUUAAUUACGAUAUGAAGAAUUGGGACAAAAUUUCAUCUUAUUUAAAAUCUAUGGAAUUCACGAAUAUACACGUUCUUAAUCGUGCUCAACUCAUUAAUGAUCUUUUCGGUUUCGUGGAUGGAAGAAUAAGUGGAUUCGUCUUUGUUAAUCUUAUAAAAUAUCUACACCGAGAAGUCGAUUAUGUUCCAUGGUAUCCACUAUUGUUUGAAAUUAUGCCAGAGUUAAAUAAAUUUUUUUUCCUGACAGAGGCCAGAGAUAUCAAGGAAACUGCAAUGACAAUCCUUAGCGACCUUCUUGAAAAAAUAGGAUACUUAGAAAAUACUGAUGAUCAUUAUAUUAUGAAACAGGUAAGACUAGAAGCCAUAAAAUGGGCAUGUACCAUCGGUGAUGGGUUUUGCAAGAAUACGAUAGCCUUUAGAUUAAGUCGACAUCUUGCGGAUCCUGAACUUUACAGAGACAUAUAUACCUUUCCACCAGGGCAUGAUUUUAUGUAUUGUAUUGGUAUGAUGACUGCCAAUAGGACUACUUGGGAUAGAAUGUUAGAAUUAUAUCAAAAGACAGAUCCACAAAAGAAAGAAUUAAAAGAAAGAUUGUUGAACAGUUUGAGUUGCGCCGAAAAUUCUGAUAUUAUCAUCAACUAUUUAAAUAAUAUAUUCAACACUUCAUUAUUUCACAAAAAGGAUCAUUUUUUUAUUUUCUUGUCUAUUCUUGAUAAGCAUUCGAACAACAAUUUGAUCCUUGACUACAUAUUGAAAAAUUUUGAAACUAUAAGACCCAAAUCAUCUAAUACAAUUGUAAUAUUAAAACAUAUUCUUCAGAAUGUUUUUUAUGAUGAACAAAUCGAUAAGAUAGAAACAUUCUCGGACUUUACUUUUAUUCACGAUCCGGAAAUUUGGAAUGCAGUUCCAACACUGGUAGAAGAGCGUAAAAAAGAACUUAAAGGAUACAAAGACACUUUUAAAAAAUUAUUUUUUUAUUAG